AUGUCAGAUCAGGAGAGACAACAGAUCACCCACGAUGACUACAACUUCCCACCAGGGACAGUCCAUCUUGUUGAUAUGAAUUUUAACUUGAAUGUACAAAAAGGUGAUGGUAACAUUAUUUUGCAUCCACAACCGUCUUCUAAUGUUAAUGAUCCACUAAGAUGGUCUAAAACGAAAAGAAACUUACAAUUUGCCUUGCUUUGGUUCUGGUCUUUUAUGUUGGCCCUUAACAUGAAUUUCAUGUCACCUUUGUUUGCUGACUGGGUAGUUGAAUUUCAUACAACAUACUUUCAACUAGGUGUUGCCAUUGCCCUUGGCUAUUUGGGAUUAGGUGUUGGUGUGUUGUUUAUUCAACCAACGGCAUUAAAGUUGGGUAAGGUGUUUGUCUAUAGGUUAGGUACUAUCCUAGCUAUUGUUACAUGCAUUUUUGGUUCUCAAUCUUCCAAUGUUGGCUACUUUCACGCGUUUAGAAUUUUGGCGGGUUUGGCUGCAUCUCCCGUUGAUACCUUGGUUGAAAUUUCUGCCAACGAUUUGUUUUUUCAGCAUGAAAGGUCUACUGCGUUUAGUUCAUUAAUUUUGGCGUUGUACGGAGGUACUGAUUUGGGUCCAGUGGCUGCUGGAUACAUUGCCGAUAGUAUGGAUUGGAGUUGGUGCUACUACAUUUUGAUCAUCAUUUUCGUCCCGAUGCUAGUGCUUCAAUUUUUUUGGAUGGAGGAAACUACCUUCAGGCGUUCUACGAAUGAAGAAGAAGAAUUGGAAGAGGAGAUUAUUGCACAAAUAAAGUCACAUGAAACUGGGCAAUUGGCCGAUUCACCAUCAAGCAAACAAGAGGACAAAAUUGAUAUUGUUGUCGAAUCUGAACCGGAGGAUGACGAUCAAGUUAAAUUGACGUACUGGCAAAAACACAAAUUGUAUCACACUGAACACAACGAUCCUCGAUCUUGGCUGUGCAUUUUUGUUAGACCUUUGUAUUUAGUUACAUUUCCUGCUAUUGUUUGGAGCGGCAUGAUCUACGGUUUUCAGAUGUUUUGGUUGUCGCUUACUGUGAAUACCCAAUCAGCAAUAUUCUCUGCUCCACCUUACAACUUCAGUAUCAACAAUGUCGGUUUGACAACAUUGGGACUUUUCGUUGGUAGUGUGAUUGGUAUGUUCUACGGUGGCCCCUUUGUAGAUUGGUUUGCAAUUAAAAUGGCUAAACGCAAUAAUGGAAUCAUGGAACCAGAACAUAGGUUGCACACCAUGCUUAUACCAACCGUUUUGAAUGCAGCAGGAAUAUUGGCAUACGGGUUAGGAGCUUAUUAUGGUCGUCAUUGGGCUAUAUCAGUUGUUCUUGGUCUUGGCUUGAUGGGUUUUGCAAUGAGUUCUUCAGGGGCAAUUUGCUUGGUUUAUGCAGUUGAGUGUUAUGAGAAGUUGGCAAGUGAAAGUCUCGUGUUGAUAUUGUUCAUUAGAAACAUGAUUGGUAUGGGUUUCUCUUUUGCCAUUUCCCCAUGGAUUGCAGCACAAGGUAUGAUGAAAACCACUUUCACUAUGUUUACACUUUCAGUAGUUGUCAAUGCAACUUAUCUUUUGAUGAUUUGGAAAGGGAAAGCUAUUAGACGUUGGUCAAAAGCUCGUUAUGAGAGAGUCAGUGUCCCCUCUUAUGGUGACAUUUUCAAAAGAAAGAAAUGA